AUGGAAAAAGCACAGGCUUUUGCCCAUCGCCUCGUGGAAUUUGCCGACUAUGAAAAAUGCAUUCAGUAUUUUACUAAUAAAAAUCUUGACUUUGAUCGACCCAAUGUCAUGGGUUAUACCCUUCUUAUGAGUGUCUGUGCCUACGGACGUAACGACCUUGUGGGAUUCAUUGUCGAUAGAACUACGGCACUUGACUGCGGAUCUGUCACUAAUCGAACGACUGUACUGCAUUUGACUGCCAUGUCUAAGAACACUCUGGUGAUGGAAGAGCUGGUUGCUACUGCAGAAAGAAGGCACAAGGUGCAGAAAAUCAUUGACCAGAUGAAUGCCCAUGGAGACACUGCGCUUAUGAUGGCUUGUGUGGCAAAACAAAUGACGGCAGUGCAGCUACUUCUUGAGAUGGGCGCUAGCAUGAGCGCAGCCAAUGCGAGUGGACUGAACGCUCUCAUGUGCGCUGCACGCGUUGGCAAAGAUCCACGCCCUGGCGCACCGAGUAUCGAUGAAAUGAUGGAGCAAAGUGCUUCUAUCGUGAAAAAUCUUCUUGUGUAUGGAGCUGAUGUGAAUGCCGUGGAGAAGGCUGGCAACACGGCAUUGCACAUUGCUGUGCUGAGUGAAAACCCUAUUGCGGUAGCGUCUCUUAUUUCAAACGCACGAAACAUUGAUAUUACCUUGCGAAAUAAAGCUGGAAAUACGGCGCUGGACUUGAGUAAGCAGAUUUCAGCAGUGGUAUCUGCGCAGAUAGAGGAUCUAUUGAGCGAAAAGUGGGCUCAAUACGAGAUCGAAGCUGCUCGAAUGAGCGCCAAGGUGGAGCAAGAGUUGAUGGAGUUGGCGGCGAAUGAAGUUAAGGGUGCCUCGGAUCGCGCAAAGACCACUGGGAAGAAAACUGGCAAAAAGAAGAACAGAAAGAACAAGAAGAAAGCUCAGGCUACGAGGAACACAAUUGAGGAGUCGUCAGCCGAGACCUCUACAUCACAAGAGCUGGAUGGCGAAACUGUUGAAAACACUAACAAGAUGAUAAGUGCAUCAUCUGUAUUGGAUCCUGCAAGUGCUGAAGCCCGACUACAAUCGAAUGCAACUGAUCAUAACGUGCUGGGAGUCGACGACCGUGAAUUUGAAAACAAUGCUGGCCCCUGGCAAAUUGUUAUUCCCAAGAAUCGUCGCAAGGAACUGUCAAGCAAAAACGCAGAAGCUCUACGACAGCGGAACACCAAAAGCUCUCAACACAGGCUUCUUGCUAACAACAACAUAAGUGCAAAGAAGCCACAAAUCACCCCCAAGUCAGAGACCGUCCUUUCCCUGGAGGUGAAUUCUGAUCACUCGAUAGCAGCAUCAUCCACAGCAACAGCCUGUAAAGUUCCUAGGGCAAGCCAACCUUCCCCUAAACCGACAAAAGCGUUCAUGUUUGCACCCCAGCAUAGCCAAAUGGCUUUGAAUGAGGAUGCUGAUCGGACAACAAGAUCGAUCAUGUCAUACGACAUGAUGAAUGGAAGCUUCCACCGAACGUUCCCUGUUGCAGCCGAGUUAGAGAUUGACGUCGAAAAGUUUCUUAUUGCAUCAUCGGUCAGUGAUCGUGAGCUUGAGCCUACCGAAAGCUUGAGUAUCUCUCAAGUUGAAGUGCUACAGGAGUCACACUGGCAGGCGUACCAUUAUCUCAAUGAGAAAAAGAUCGAAUUAACGCGAGUACUUGAAGCUAAGCGUAUCGAGGCCCAAUUUGAUUUGCAGCAAGAGCUCAUGCAAUUAAAGUAG